AUGGGGUCACCGAAAAGUAAGGGUGUUAAGUGGGAAGAAAGGUUGCUAGAGGAAGAGAACAAGGGAGGUUUCCAGAGAAACAAAACAAGAGUCGGAGUUGCCGGGCAGAGUGGAGCCCUUGUUUCUAACCCUGAUUGUUCUAUAUCAAAAGACAUAGCAAAGUCUCUUGCUCUGGCUGUAUCGGGUGAGGCUCAGCCUUUUGAAAAUCUAGUAUCUUUCCAGCCAGAGAAAGGUGCAAUCCUUGCUAAUGCAACACCAUUGGGAAUGCAUCCAAAUACAGAUCAAAUUCCUGUGGCCAAGGGGACUUUGGGUGAUUACAAAGUUGUCUUUGAUGCCGUUUACAUGCCUAGAAAAACCACCCUGUUAAAAGAAGCUGAGGCUGCUGGAGCCAUCAUUGUCAGUGGAGUUGAAAUGUUCCUCCGUCAAGCCACUGAACAGUUCAAUCUCUUCACUGGUGGGAAAGGUAAUCUUCGGAUUCAACAGAGUUCUAGAAGGGAGUUGUUGUGUUCUUGCUGCUAUAGAUUCUGCUCUUGCAUGUUUCCAUUACAUAACUUUGAAAUGUUGGUUAUAGAUAAUUUCUAAGCAAGAACAUGAUUUGGG